AUGUUGGCAAGGUCCUGCUUGCGCUCGGCGCGCACAUUCACAAAUGGCGCCGUCACGAUUUCCAAGCGUGCGGCCUCUACUUCCAGCGGCGCUGGUGCCGAAGCUUCCCCGUCCCGACUGAACCUCGCCGCCAUCACGUCGACGUCCCUCGCCCUGGGUUCCAUGGCCUGGUACUACCACCUCUACGGACCUUCCGCGAACGCCGCGGCGCCUGCUGAAGAGGGUCUGCACCCUACCAACUACCCCUGGGUCCACGAGCAGUGGUUCAAGACUUUCGACCACCAGGCUCUCCGCCGUGGUUUCCAGGUCUACCGUGAGGUCUGCGCCUCCUGCCAUUCCCUCAGCCGUGUUCCCUACCGAACCCUCGUCGGUUCCAUCUUGACUGUCGACGAGGCCAAGGCGUUGGCCGAGGAGAACGAGUACCCCGGUGAGCCCAACGAGCAGGGCGAUAUCGAGAUGCGCCCCGGCAAGCUUUCCGACUACAUCCCCGACCCCUACAAGAACGAGGAGGCCGCCCGCUUCGCCAACAACGGUGCCCUCCCUCCCGAUUUGAGCUUGAUCAUCAAGGCCCGCCACGGCGGCUGCAACUACAUCUUCAGCCUGUUGACCGGUUACCCCGAGGAGCCCCCGGCCGGCGCCGUCGUCGCCCCCGGCAUGAACUUCAACCCCUACUUCCCCGGUACCGGUAUUGCCAUGGCCCGUGUCCUCUACGACGACCUCGUCGAGUACGAGGACGGCACCCCCGCGUCGACCUCCCAGAUGGCCAAGGACGUUGUCGAGUUCCUCAACUGGGCCGCUGAGCCCGAGAUGGACGACCGUAAGCGCAUGGGUAUGAAGGUUCUCGUCGUUUCAGCCUCCCUCUGGGCUCUUAGCGUCUGGGUCAAGAAGUACAAGUGGGCCUGGCUCAAGUCGAGAAAGCUCGCCUACGACCCUCCCAAGGAGACGAAGGUUCGCCACUAA